AUGAGUUUAAUAGUAAUUAGUUUAUUUCUUGUUGGUAUUGUUUCUCUUAUUCUCUUCUUUACUGGAUGCAUUGAUGCUGGUUUCAAUUUUUUAAUCCGUCGAGCUUAUGAACGACAUAAGCAGACUCGUUGGAAUCAACGUCCAUCACGUAUUUUUCUUGUUCGACAUGGAGAAUCUGAAGCAAAUGUUGAUACAACACUAUAUGCACGAAUGGCUGAUAGUCGAAUUGAAUUAACAGAACGAGGUCAUCAACAAGCUGUCGAAGCUGGUGAAAAAAUUCGAUCUAUUAUUGGAAAAGAAUCUGUCUAUGCUUAUAUGAGUCCAUAUCGACGUUCAAAACAAACAUGGACAAAUAUUAAAAAAGCAUUUACACCAUUACAAGUUAUUACUGAAAGAGAAGAUCCACGAAUUCGUGAACAAGAAUUUGGUAAUAUUGCUAUUUUACCAGAGCGUGCACAUGAAUUUGAACAACAAGCACAUUUGGGACAUUUUUUCUAUCGUUUCUCAAGUGGUGAAAGUGGUGCUGAUGUUUAUGAUCGUGUUUCAUUAUUUCUCGAUACUUUAUUUCGUGAAAUGGAUAAUGGACAUCAUGAUCCAACACAGAAUAUAGUCAUAGUUUCACAUGGUUUAUUUAUGCGUUUAUUUCUAAUGCGAUAUUUUCGUUGGACUGUCGAAGAGUUUGAUACAAUCAAAGAUUUUGGAAAUUGUGAAAUAUGUCAACUAACAAAAAUCGAUGGUGUUUAUAAGCUUAAUGGUCAUACGAGUCCUCCAACAGAAUCAUCAUAA